AUGGAAUGUAUAACAACUGUCACUUAUUCCUUAACACUGAAUGAAGGUCUCACUAAGCCCUUCAAAGGCCAAAGAGGAAUAAAGCAAGGUGACCCUAUGUCACCUUACCUGUUUGUGCUUGCCAUGAAAUAUUUACAGAGGGAAUUUGAUCAGUUGGCUUUGAACAAAGAGUUUCACUUCCAUCCUAGAUGCAAAAAGUUGGGAGUGAUCCAUGAUUACAGGAAAAAUGCAGACAAGAGCUCUAUUUACCUUGCUGGCAUUUCUGCAAAUCUGAAGGAGGACAUCUUGCAGGAUUUGGGUUAUAAUGAGGGCACAUUGCCAUUCAAAUAUCUGGGUGUGCCACUAGCAUCAACGAAGCUAUUGCAGCUCAUAAAAUCAGUGAUCUUUGGUGUACAGUCAUACUGGGCAAAUAUUUUUCUAUUGCCAAAGAAGGUGUUGAAUAUGAUUGAAGCCACAUGCAGGACAUUCCUAUGGACAAGUAAAGCAGAUAUCUCUAGGAAAGAAUUGGUGUCUUGGGAGAAGAUAUGCAUGCCACAAGCAGCUGGAGGACUGAAUGUUAUAUAUUUGUAUAACUGGAAUAAAGCAACAAUGAAAAAACACUUAUGGGAUAUCACAAAGAAGAAGGAUUUUCUUUCGAUCAGGUGGAUCCAUGCUUACUACAUCAAGAACCAGACUAUCGAUACUAUGUCUAUACAUAAGAAUGCAGCCUGGGUAGUGAGGAAAAUCCUUGAGCUCAGGAAGCUUAUCCUUUAUCUACCUACCAUGCAGCGUGACCUGACUUCAAGACUGAGGAAAUUGCAGAGUACUGAUGGAAGAUUCAGCAUCAAGAAGCUAUAA